ACAACGUACAAGAUCUGGUGAGUUUCAGGUGUAUGCUUCAAGUGACAGAUGUUUGUCGCAAGAGACGCGGUUCAACAUUCAGAGUCUGCGCUACUUAGGCCAGGAUGAAAAAGAAUCUAGGAACAUUAAGAAAGCACUCAGUAAUGAACUUGGUGAUGAAAUUGAGCCAAAUACUAUUGAAAAUCAAAAUAAUGAUGAGCUACUGGGAGAAAUAUCAGAUGAUGAAGAAGAAAGUAACAAUGAGCAAAGUGAAAAUGAAGAGGGAAAACUUACUGCACCAAUAGAAUUGUUGGGAGACAUUGCAGUUCUGAUCUAUGAACCAGAAAAUACUGAGGCCAAGCAGUUUUUUCCACUUUUUGAAGAAAAGAAGAAGCACAGAAAAUUGCUAGUGGGGAGAGUGAAGAUGAUGAAGAAACAAGUGAUGAAAGCAGAUGAUAGCAACACAAAGAGUACUAGCUGCUCAAAUAGCAAUGAUGAAGAAAAUGAAGAAAGUUCUGAUGAUUCCGAGGAAAAUUAG